CAAAAGAUAGUCGAUUAAAACAAGGCACAAUUAAAUCAUUACUAAAAGGUGGUAGAGAACUAUUGGCAACAAUGGUGUCCAAAUACCACAUAUAUGAUGCUGUCCCUUUUAACAAAGCUGAUUCUCCACAUUUCCAAAACAUGUUGACUACAGCUGGAAAUCUAGGUCCUGGUGUAAAGCUUCCUACCUCCUAUGAAAUUCAUACUCGUUACUUAGAGAAUGAGUACACAGAAAUGAAAAGGUAUGUGGAUACUCACAGAGAAACCUGGAAAAUAUAUGGAUGCACUAUCAUGUGUGAUGGAUGGACUGGCCCAACCAAAAUGUCUAUUCUAAAUUUCAUGGUGUAUUCAAAAGGUUCAACUGUGUUUUUGAAGUCUGUAGAUGCUUCACAUAUGAAAAAAAAUGCUCAGUACAUAGAACUAUUGUUAGAUGAGAUUAUCCAAGAUGUUGGACCAGAAAAUGUUGUCCAGAUUGUCACUGACAAUGCAUUAGCAUUUAAAAAGGCCGGAAGGGAACUACAGAAAAAAUAUCCGCUGUUCUGGAUCCCGUGUGCUGCCCACUGCAUCGAUUUGAUAUUUGAAGAUAUCGGGAAGCAAGAGACUGUUUCCACUGUCGUCAAAUGGGCUCAAAGUGUAACUAACUACAUCUACAAUCAUGGUUGGGUACUGGCUGAAAUGAGGAGCAUCACGAAGGGAGAUUUGAUUCGACCGGGUAAAAUUCGAUUUGCGACAAAUCACAUUGCCAUCGACAGCAUUUUGAAGAAGAAAUCUGAUUUGAGAAAAUUGUUUACAAGUAGCGCAUGGAAUGAAAAUGCAGCGAGCAGGACCAGAGAUGGCAAAAGGAUAGAAAAAAGAGUCCUCGAUGGGACAUUUUGGGAUGGCAUGGAAGCAGUCCAUAAAAUUUAUAAGCCAUUGUAUGAGAUUCUUCGAAUUGUUGACACAGAAAUUCAGCUAACCAUGCCCAUAUUAUAUGAUAUGUUUGAAAGAGUGAAACAACAAAUAUCACAGAUGAGAGGAAAGAAAUGGGUGCUUAAAAUCAUCAAUGAUCGAUGGGAUAACACAUUAAGUCAACCAUUGCAUGCAGCAAGUAUUAUUUCUCUAUCUCGAAAUACUGUUGUAUCUUGA